CUUGCUAUAUUCGAAAGGUUGUGUAUUCAAAGUAAGUACUCUUGAAAUCUUCCUUCCCUCCUACCUUGCAUGAGGUGUCUCAUUGACCCUUCAGAUCCUCCAUGUCCUGUAUGUGCUUACUCUCUCUCCUUCCCUCCUCACCUCAAUCCUAACUACAGGUGCAAUAGCUCUCUGUUAAUCGAUUAUUACUGUCGAAGCGAUGCCACUCACAAAUAUAUACUGAUUGAUGCUGGCAAGACAUUCAGGGAGACUGCACUUAGGUGGUUUGUUUUCCAUCACAUUCCCAGAGUAGAUUCUAUUGUUUUGACUCAUGAACAUGCUGAUGCUGUCCUUGGAUUGGAUGAUGUGCUUGCUAUGCAGCCGUUUAGUCUCACAAAUGAUACUGAUCCCAUCCCCGUUUACUUAACUCAGCAUUCAAUGGAUAGCGUCGAAAAGAGGUUCCCUUAUUUGGUUAAGAAAAAACACAAAGAAGGACAAGAAAUGAGAAGGGUAGCUCAGCUUUGCUGGAACAUAAUUGCUGAUGAUUGUAAUGGGCCAUUUUUUGCAUCAGGCUUAAAAUUGAUUCCUUUGCCAGUAAUGCAUGGAGAGGAUUAUAUCUGUUUGGGAUUUCUUUUUGGUGAGAAAAAUAGGGUGGCUUAUAUAUCUGAUGUUUCACGGAUUCCAGCUAGUAUAGAGUAUGUCAUUUCGAAAAGUGGGGCUGGACAGACAGGACAGUUGGAUCUUCUUAUAUUGGAUGCGUUGGAAAAGGUCAGGGCUUCAAUUUUCAUUAGUUGUCAGAGGGUGUGUGGUUUUUGGGGUGUAAAUAUUGUCUUACAUGAGAAUGUGUGA